GACAUUUGAGAAAUAAUAGUAGAGUGUACCGUAUAGGGAGGUAUUUUUUGCCAUGUAGUUUAUUAUUGAUAUCCUGAAUUCGUUUUAUAAAGUAUUCGGGUAUGGCUGAAAUAUUGUGGAGAGAGUGCGCGGACUGGCUUAUCAGACAUCAAGUUCUCUUGCCUGAUCACAGAGUCACUUGGCCAUCUGCUCAAGUAAUCGACUUGGUAUACACCCUGCGGGAUGGGGUUUUGUUGUGCCAGCUUCUUAAUAAAUUAGUCCCUGGAUGCAUCGACCUGAAGGAGAUCAGUUUGCGACCUCAAAUGUCGCAGUUUUUGUGCCUGAAAAAUAUCCGGACCUUUCUUCAGACUUGCCAAAAUGUGUUCGAUGUAUCUGCAUCAGACCUGUUUGAGCCAUCCAUGUUAUUUGAUUGUUCUGAUUUUGGGAAAGUAUUACAUACUUUAUCAGUUUUGUCAAAAACAGGAAAAGCUGAAACUUCUGGUAUCAAGGGUUUUCCAUCCUUUUCUAAGAAUCAUGAUUAUUACAAUGAUGAAAUUUAUCGGAACUUGGAAGAUAUGGCCAAUGAAGCUGACUAUGCUGUUCAUAUGGAUCAACCGUAUGCUUUGGUGGAAGGAGAGGAAACAUAUGAUGUGUAUGAAGAUAUUGUGCAAUGUAAACGUUCAAAGAGCUCUGCUAGCCAUUCAUUGCCAGUGGAGAAGCGAGAUUACUGCAUCAAAGAACUCAUUGAAACUGAAAAGAACUACAUUGAAGCCCUCAACAUGAUCAUUAAGCACUUCAUGCGACCAUUAAAAUCUAUAUUAAAACCUGAAACAAGGAAAGUGAUAUUUAUGAAUAUAAAGGAGCUUGCUGAAAUCCAUACAGGAUUCCAUAGUGAAUUAUACAAAGCAUGCACUUCUAGCCAAUACAAGAUUAGUGAGUGUUUUCUUCACUGGAAAAACAAGUUUAUAAUUUAUGGUGAAUAUUGUUCCAGUCUACCUGCAGCACAAGAACUUGUUGAGGACCUCUCCAAUAGAAAUGAAGUAGUGAAUCAAGCGAUUCUGCGUUGUCAGCAGGAGGCUAAUGGUGGAAAAUUCAAACUACGAGACCUCUUAUCAGUACCAAUGCAGAGGAUUUUGAAAUAUCAUUUGCUGCUUAAUGAACUUAUCAAAAACACCCCAAAAACACAUGAUGACUAUCUAAAUCUUCAGAAAGCUUUAGAUUCUAUGGUGGAUCUAGCCCAUUACAUCAAUGAAGUGAAAAGGGAUAAUGAAACAUUACAGAUCAUUAGGGAUAUCGAAAACAGUAUCACCGACUUGCGAAUGCCUGAUGAUCUUGAACUGAAAGAUUAUGGAAGGCUUUUAAAAGAUGGUGAAUUAAAAAUAAGGUCCCAUGAUGAUAACAGACUGAAAAACAGAUAUGUCUUUUUAUUUGAAAAGGUUAUGCUUAUGUGCAAGUCUACAAGGGGUGAACAAUACAGCUUUAAAGAAGCUUUGGUUAUGCUUGAUUAUAAAGUUGAAGACAUGGUGAAUACUAUACGAGUAGGAAACAGAGAUAAGUGGAGUUAUUACUGGCUUUUGGCGCAUCGGCAGAACAAAACGGCCCUUACUAUGUAUGCUAAAACUGAAGAGCUGAAAAAGAAAUGGGUAGAGGCAAUUGAAAAAGCUUUAGAUAAUGUGUGUCCAUCGUCCUUGCACUGUACAGACCAUAUGUUCUUGCUGCAUUCUUUUGAAAAAGCAACUGUAUGUGCAGAAUGUGAGAAACUUUUAAAGGGAAUAUUUUUUCAAGGAUACAGAUGUGCAGUUUGUAGUGUGGCUGUCCACAAGGACUGUAUCCCUCAUGUGCGGUCCUGUGGUGCGCCCCGUUUACCCCCCAGGCCGUCCAAUGCCGUUCUUGUGCCACAGGUGCUACGUAGAAAUCUAUCCUCUGCCAGCAAUAAGCCAUAUAUGUUUAAAGUUCGAGCAAGAUUUGCAUAUGGAGGACCUCCUGAUCAUCUUUCUUUUGAUAGUGAUGAUGAAAUAUAUGUUACUAAGCAAAUCAACAAUAUGUGCUGGGAAGGUUACUGUACUAGAACUGGCAAAAGUGGUAUGUUUCCUCCAGAUCAUGUAGAGAAACGCCCACCAUCCUAUGAAAAUCCUUUUACAAAUAAGAAUGGGUUGCCGUGUGCCACGCCUGCUCCUGAUUACAUGAACACCAUGCUUGAAGGCCAUGAUUGGUUUGCCGGAGUGAUGGAUCGUGAAACUGCGACAAAGAAACUUGAAGAAUUGUUGAGUGGAACAUUUUUGUUGAGAAUCAGUCCUAAACAAAAUGGUUCCCAUGUUAUCAGUAUUAACUAUCAAAAUCAAGUGAAGCAUAUGAGGGUUUGUUCCUCUGAUAAUGGUCAGCAUUUUUAUCUCUCUGAGACUAAAUACUUUAAGUCAAUUGUGGAACUCAUUAAUUGGUAUCAGGAGAACAGUCUAGCUGAAAGCUUUAGUGGGUUGCAUGUUACACUUAUGAUUCCAUACAAAAAAGCAAUUUCUGCUGCCAAUGUUGGAGGAAUUUUAGGACUUGCAGAGGCUUUGUAUGAUUUUGAUGGCCAUUCUCCGAAUCUGUUAACACUGCAUAAAGGGGAUCGCAUCACGCUUCUCAGUAAAGCUGGAAACCAAAAAGGAUGGUGGAAAGGGCAGAUUGAAGAGAAUGUUGGAUACUUUCCUUAUUCUUAUGUAAGAGAAAUAAUUGAAUGAGAUGUCUUCAUUCUGUGAUAAAUUGUGAAAUUUUG